AUGGCUAACCCUUCCAAAAUGAAAGUCUUGGGCUGCUUUCUCUUCAUUUCCCUUUUAUUUUUCUCGUCCUUAUCUUUGGCUUUAACCGAUGCUGAGGCGGCUUAUAUUGCCCGUCGUCAGCUUUUGCAUCACCAGGAUGAUGAUAGCCUUCCUAAUGAAUCCAAAUAUGAGAUUGAUACUCGUUUAACAUUUGUCAAUCCAAGGCUCAAGAAAGCGUACAUUGCGCUACAUGCGUUGAAAAAAGCUAUUUAUUCAGAUCCACAAAACUUUACUGCUAAUUGGGAGGGUCCUAAUGUGUGUGCCUACAAUGGUGUGUUUUGUGCACAAGCGCUCGAUGAUCCCAAACAGACUGUCGUUGCUGGGGUCGAUUUGAACCAUGCGGACAUUGCAGGAUACCUACCCAUUGAGAUUGGGCACUUGGCGGACAGUAGCCUUCUCCAUCUUAAUUCGAAUAGGUUUUGUGGGAUCAUUCCAAAAAGCAUCGUGAAGCUGAACCUUCUCUUUGAACUCGAUGUUAGCAAUAAUCGUUUUGUUGGACCAUUCCCCGAGGUUGUCUUGGAGUUACCAUCGCUGAAAUACCUUGAUCUCAGGUACAAUGAUUUUGAAGGACCAUUGCCAUCCCAACUCUUCAAUAAGGACCUUGACGCACUCUUCUUGAACAACAACCGAUUCCACUCCAUCAUCCCUAAAAAUUUAGGCAAUUCCACAGUUUCAGUACUGGUUUUGUCGAACAACAAAUUUCACGGUUGUAUUCCAAAGAGCAUUGGCAAUAUGGCAAACACAUUGAAUGAACUACUUCUGUCAAACAAUGAACUCUCGGGUUGUUUGCCUGAAGAAAUUACACUCUUGAAGAGCGCCACAGUUUUCGACAUUAGCAAUAACAAGUUUGUUGGAGACCUACCAGUAGGCCUCGAAUACUUGCAGAGUGUGGAAGCGUUCGAUGCUGGACACAAUGUGUUGAAAGGAAAGGUCCCGGAAAGUCUUUGCAGCCUACCAAAUUUGCAAAAUCUAACAUUUUCUAACAACUUUUUCGAGGCUAGAGAUGAUGUUUGUGAACCUAAAGCAAUUCAGGGCCUUGUCGUAGAUGAUACAAGCAAUUGUUUUGCCAAUUUGCCGCACCAGAGAUCGGCUAAGGUUUGUUGGUCUGCAUUGAAGAAGCCUGUGGAUUGCAGCAAAGAAGGAUGCAGGAGUUCGCCACCGGAAUCUGGUCCAAAGGAGCCACCCAAACAUACUCCUGUAAAACCAAACCCCAAGCCUGUAUCUCCACCACGAUCGAAGCUAACACCACCACCUAAGGCUGUGCCAUUUCCAUCUCCUCCAUCACUAAAACCAUCUCCCACAACCCCGUUGACACCAAAACCACAACCACCAAAGCCUAAACCAACUCCAACUCCAUCAGUUCCUAUACCUAAACCUACACCAACACCUAGUCCUAAACCAAAACAGCCACCAGUAUCAAUUCCAACUAUACCAGUCCCUCCAUCUGUGAAGACUCCACAACCACCAAAGGCUUUUGUUCAACCUCCAAGUGUCAAACCACCAGUCUCAUCCCCUCCAGUACAUUCACCACCACCACCAGUUUCAUCCCCACCACCAAAGCACUCACUUCCGCCACCAAUUUUCUCUCCAACACCACCUAUCCAGUCACCUCCCCCACCACCCAAGCGCUCGUCACCACCACCGCCUACAGCCGAGAACAUCAUUGAUUGUUUGUCCAACUUUUGUAUUCUCAGCAUGGGUUGGUAUGGAGAAGAAAACUAUAUUGGGGCUUUAAUUAGGGAUAAGGUGAUCGUUGGUUGGCGUGGAGAAGAAAAUCGCCACGAUAUUGGUCAUGAUAAUGUGAUCGGCGACGUUGAUGGUGUUGCACAGUUAGGCGAUGGGUCUGAGAAAGGUGAGAUGAGGGUGGUGAUGUCAGCGACUGAGGUUGAAGAAUUCAGCAUUUGUGAUUUGGUGGGUGGCGACAAAGCUAGCAUGGGUUGGUAUGGAGAAGAAAACUAUAUUGGGGCUUUAAUUAGGGAUAAGGUGAUCGUUGGUUGGCGUGGAGAAGAAAAUCGCCACGAUACUGGUCACGAUAAUGUGAUCGGUGACGUUGAUGGUGUUGCACAGUUGGGCGAUGGGUUUGAGAAAGAUGAGAUGAGGGCGGUGAUGUCGGCGACUAAGGUUGAAGAAUUCAGCGUUUGUGAUUUGGUGGACAGCGACAAAGCUGGGUAUUGGUACGAGGAUUGUCUACAAAUUUGGAGGAGUCGAUGGUGGUCGAAAUGA